GCUACCUACAGUCAAAGGUGCUCCAUCACGUCGUACUUUUCCUCGCCGGCUUUUGGGGGCGUUUGUCGUAACGUUACGACCGCUGGAUUUGUAGUCUCGCAUAGACUUCUCCGCACCAAGUGACAAUUAUUACUACAACAGGACAGCCAGUCGGAACAUCAGAUUUGGCUACCUGCAUAUUCAUUUAUCGUCAUAACCAAGCCCUGGGAAAAAUUAAUUUGAUUGCUUUCAACUCUAUUCUGAGAUUUGCGCAGCCCAAUCACUGGGUUCAUAUUCCUGCGGCACUCCUGAAUCCUGGUGAAUCUACCACAGCCAAUACUGCAAAACAUUCGUUGAUCCUGAGCCACACGGCUGCACAUCAAUUAAGUGAUUGGCCAGAGCACUUGAUUUGAUAUGCUCCUAUUCAUGAAGCUAUAUAGUUUACACACCCCCAUCUGUUUAUUUCAUUCCCACUCCUUUCGUGACAUCUAUUUUACACAUACAACACUACAUUGGCACUUUUCAUAAUGCGGUCUUCUACCUUUCUAAUAUCUGCUUUGGUCUCCUCUGCGUUGGCUAUUUGGCCUCAACCUGUUUCGUAUACAAAUGGUACUGGUGUUUUGUGGUUGGAUAAGAACGUUAAGGUUACUUAUGAUGGCGGUGCUGUACGAUCAUUCCUUCCAAAAUUUUAUGUUAUGAAUACUGAGAAAUUGCUCGCUGUACAGUCUACAGGAUAUUCUAGUAGUGGAACUGGAAAUAUAACAACUAGCAAGACGAUUGUUUCUAAGGCCGUAACUCGAGCUAUGAACAAGAUCUUCCACCAAGGUUUGACACCAUGGAAAUUAUAUCCACGAAAUGCCCUGCCCUUAGUUGAGCCAUCGGCCACCUCAAACAAGAGCUAUAUCAGCGAGAUUCUCAUCACCCAGACCGGACAAGAUAACUCCUCCACAUUCAAGCCUACGGACGGUCAGGUUGACGAGUCAUACAACCUCACAAUCACUACUGAUGGAAAGGCCUCUAUCAGCGCUCCCUCAUCUAUUGGCAUCCUUCAUGCACUGACCACGUUCACACAACUCUUCUACACACAUUCUGUUGCUAAAGCUGGCGUCUACACAAAAUUAGCUCCCGUGACAAUUUACGAUGCGCCAAAAUUUGCACACCGUGGACUCAAUAUGGAUAUAUCCCGAAACUGGUAUCCUGUUGAGGAUAUCAAGAGGACAAUGUUAGCAAUGCAUUACACUAAAUGCAGUGUCAUUCAUUUACACAUCACCGAUGCUCAGUCGUGGCCUUUGGAUAUCCCAGCACUUCCCGAAUUGUCAAAGUUGGGUGCUUAUGCGACCGGAUUAUCCUAUACCCCCGCAGACCUUAAGGAAAUUCAAGAGUAUGGCGUUGAGCUUGGUAUCGAAGUUAUCUUGGAGAUUGAUAUGCCUGGUCACACAAGCUCCAUUGGAUAUUCUCACCCUGAGCUCAUGGCAGCCUUGUUCGCCGAACCUUGGGAUACUUACUGUGCUGAACCUCCUUGUGGAUCAUUGAGACUCAAUGAUUCAGCCGUACCAGCAUUCCUUGAGAAAUUGUUUGAUGAUCUUCUUCCUAGAGUCUCUCCAUACUCGUCAUACUUCCAUACCGGUGGAGAUGAAGUUAAUGUUAAUACUUAUUUGUUGGACCCCACUGUUCAAUCGAAUGAUACCGCCGUUCUCACACCAUUAAUCCAAGCAUUCGUGGACAGAAACCACAAACAAGUCAGAGCUGCCGGACUUACCCCAAUGGUCUGGGAAGAAAUGAUCACAACAUGGAACCUCACUUUGGGAUCUGAUGUUCUCGUUCAAUCAUGGCUCAGUGAUGCCUCUGUCGCUCAAAUUGUCGCGGCUGGACAUAAAGCUAUUGCUGGCAAUUAUAACUUCUGGUAUCUCGACUGUGGCAAAGGACAGUGGCUCAAUUUUGAGCCAGGUGCAUCCUCUGAGAAAUACUUCCCCUACAAUGAUUAUUGUUCGCCUACCAAGAGUUGGCGCUUAGUCUACUCCUACGAUCCUCUCGCUGGGGUACCCGAAAACUCAACUCAUUUGGUUGUUGGCGGAGAAUUUCACAUUUGGUCUGAGCAAACCGAUCCAAUCAACCUUGACGAUAUGGUAUGGCCAAGAGGAGCUGCCGCCGCAGAAGUAUUGUGGUCAGGCGCCAAGGAUCCAGUCACUGGACAGAACAGAAGUCAAAUCGACGCAGGCAGCAGAUUGCCAGAAUUCAAUGAACACUUGAGAUCUUUGGGAAUCAGAUCAGGACCUGUACAAAUGAUUUACUGCACACAACUCAACUCGACAACAUGCGCAUUGUAGGUUGGGAAUUUGGGAUAAUCAAUCUGAAGCUAUGGAUAUCGGCGGAAUCGCAUUUGGGAAGGGAGUUUUUUGGGGGCACCGGAUAUUAACACUACAUUUAUACCUCUAUUUAGACUUACUUUCCACAUGUACAUAGAUUAGAUUUUAAUAGGGACUUACACAACGACGAAGAUUUAACCA